GGCGUGCCUCCUGGAAAUUUUAUCAAUACCGCGGCGGCCAUCUAGUCUUGCUGGCAGUUGCUCGCGAAAAGUUACGCGCCGAACGCCAAACGAUCGACCGGGGGUGUCGCCGAGCAAGCCGAUCGACAAAUCGACGAGGAUUAUCGGAACAAGAAGAGCCCGAGGCGAUCGACUACGAGCAGCAUGGCUACGGAGGGUGGUUUAGCACCGGAUGCAGCUGCAGGUGCAGGCGCCGGCACCGACGGCAUCGUCGGUGGCCCCAGAACGCCCCAGCAAAUUGCCUCGCAGAAGCGGCUGCAGGCGACGCAAGCGCAAGUCGACGAAGUCGUCGACAUCAUGAAGACAAAUGUGGAGAAGGUCCUCGAGCGCGAUCAAAAGCUCUCCGAGCUCGACGAUCGAGCAGAUGCACUUCAACAAGGAGCGUCACAGUUUGAACAACAAGCAGGAAAAUUGAAGAGAAAGUUCUGGCUACAGAAUCUAAAAAUGAUGAUCAUUAUGGGUGUAAUCGGACUCAUUGUACUGGCCAUCAUUGUCGCGAGCGUCACCGGCGGCAGCAAUACGCAAAAUUGAACGCGAGAGUAAGAGCUAAAGUAAAAUAACGUAACAACUACAGCAACAAUAAAAAGAAAGGUAAAAGGAGAAGAGGAGGAACAAGAAUGAGAAAAGAAGGAAGAAAACGGCGGCUGAGAAAUUUCCGAAGAGGAGAUGGUUUUUAGAGGGAUAGAUCUCGCAAGAUGGAAAUUGUGAUGAGCCGUUGACGAGCUCUGCCGGAGUUCUCCGCGAACGUAAUCGUCGGAUCGAUCGCGCGCGGGAAUCAAUCGAUCGAUGGUCGGCCUUGGGAUUCAUCGUGGGAAAGGAGGAAGGAUGACGGCGGAUGAUCGGAAGCAGGAAACGUUGAUCCGAGCGGGAACAACGAAGAGAGCCGUCGCGACGACCACGGAACUUUCCUGUUAUCCUUCGUAGCGUUUUUUUUUUCCUUUUCCGGAUCGAGUAGAGGAAGUCGAGGGAUCCACGCCGAACCGGCACGCUCUCCAUAUCUCGCAUGGACGAAGGUUGCGUCGACGAUAAUAACACGUGCGAAAUUCCGCUGAUUUCUCGAUCAUUAUUUCAUUGCGUUAUUACUUUAGAUUAUCGUUUAAUAUAAUUGUACGUAAAAUUUCAUUCUUACCACGCUCUUUUCGCAAUAGUACGUUAUUUUGAGGAACGUUAAUUCAUAUCUUAAGUUUCGGCGAAUGUGAAAUUAAAUUGAAAAUACACAGAUCUUAACGGAUUUAAGAUAUCUUAGAUCUAUCUUAGGUCUUAGUCUAAGUCGGAGAUUUUGUUAGAUAAACGGAAUUAAAACUGAUCCUAUUAAAAUCUCACGAUGAGAUGAUCUAAACGCAGCUGAUUGAUAAGACGAGAUACGUGCAUCGCGCUUUCCUUCGUCCAUCUUCGUUAAUUAAGAUUGUCCGAAAAAAGUUAGAAAAAAUGAGAAAUACAGAAACAAAUGGUUAUUGUAAACAAAGAAGCGAAAAGUUCGUGAGAAAAGAGGGAAAAUUCGAUAUAGCAGCGACACAUAAUACUUAAAUAUAUAGGAAAUAUAUAUAUAUGAAAAAAAAAAUAUAUAUAUAUAUGUAUAGAAAGAAAAAGAUAAAGAAAGACAGGGUGUCCGUAAAAACCUCCAUCAUGUAAAACCUCUCCGACGAAGGCAGUUGCUGUAGUACAUACGCGACGCGUUCAUGAUGUAUAUCGAGACAUUUACUUUAUAGACAUAAAUGUAAAUCACGCAAACUGUAAAUAAUAUAUCAUUUGUCUCUCACACGCCAUUUAUCGGAUUCAAUCCGCUCCAAUUAUAUAUUGAAAAGAAUCACUUGUGUCCUUUAAUUAUUCCUUUGUCUUGCAUCUUGCUUUUUGCUUUUCGCGAAUUGUAAUGGAAAAGAAAAAAAUCGAUGGAUAGGGAAGAACGGAAUAGGAGGGAGAGAAGCAAAAGAAAAAGAGGGAGAGGAAAAGAAAUAAUAGUGACAAUCGCCUGCCUUCGUCGAAGACGGCGAUUAACGUUUUCGAGCAGCCUGUGUACAGUAAAUUUAAGAAAUAAUAAAGAAUGGGAAAGAAAAGAGAAGGAGAAAUGAAAAGGGGAGAGGAGACGAAGGGGGUGGAAAAGAAAGCCUUGUUGUAGGGAGGCGCAGCAGCUAUAAGUAACGUUUUAUGGCUUUAAAGAUGAAUUAUCUACAAGAUGUUAUGUAUACAUGUUAAUAAUAACGAUUACGAUGAUGAUAAUAAUGGUAAUAUUAAUAAUAAUUAUAAUAAAAACGACGGAGAGGGGGUUGCUUUACCCACUUCGCGGAUGCGAUCGCGCCGAGAAAGAAAGAAACUCUUGUCAUCUCGAUUCGAGAAUAUCCGAGGGUAAGGUUCCAUCCUCGAUCAUCUUCUUAUCGUUCAUCCGCGAGAUAAGACGUUUAUUAGCGACAAGGGUAUAUUGCGCCCGACACGCAGAUUAUUCGUCGACGAAGAUCGUCGUCGAUCUCCGACGAUCCUAUCCGGUCCCUUUUCUUCUUCCGUUCGAUCCUUACUGACUUCGGUGCUGCUGCUGCUGCUAUCGCUGCUGCUGCUGCUGCUGCUGAUUCAGCAAUAAUAUCGAGAGACGAAAAUUAACCAUCGUCCGCGAUCCUCCUCAAUUAUUCCUCCCUUCGAUCCCACUCCGACGCGCGAUAUUUGUGGAUAUGCCUGCAGGCGCCAUUCCGUCGCGACUUUCGGACGCGACGAAAUUCACCAAGAGAAA